GUCCAAAGGGCGCGUCGCGGCCGCGGUGGCGGGCGGGGGAGCGAUGAGCUCCGCGGCCUCACGGGCGGGAGUUUUCUUCCGGGGUGCGGCCCGCUCGGGGGGUUUCGCUUCCGGGACGGCGCGGCGGGCCCUUCCCACCCCCGGCAGGGGACAGGGGAAAAAAGUUUUCAGACCUUCUUACAACAUCAGAAGGAAAAAAUAAACCAAGAAGAUACCACCCCCCGUUCCUCCCCUCUGCAUGUUACUCAUAACGUUACAGUAGGGCCGUGCACCUGCCGCUGGGACAGCCAUGGAGAAGAGCGGGAACAUUCAGCUGGAGAUCCCUGACUUCAGUAACUCCGUCCUGAGCCACCUGAACCAGCUCCGCAUGCAGGGCCGCCUGUGCGACAUCGUGGUCAACGUCCAGGGCCAAGCUUUCCGCGCUCACAAGGUGGUGCUGGCCGCCAGCUCGCCCUACUUCCGCGACCACAUGUCCCUCAAUGAAAUGAGCACCGUCUCCAUUUCCGUCAUCAAGAACCCUUCUGUUUUCGAGCAGCUCCUUUCCUUUUGUUACACCGGGAGGAUAUGUCUGCAGCUGGCCGACAUCAUCAGUUACCUAACGGCCGCCAGUUUCUUGCAGAUGCAGCACAUCAUAGACAAAUGCACGCAGAUUCUCGAAGGCAUUCAUUUCAAAAUUAACGUGGCAGAGGUGGAAGCGGAAUUGAGCCAGACCAGGACAAAGCAUCAGGAGAGACCGCCAGAGUCUCACCGGGUGACGCCAAAUCUAAACCGUUCUCUGAGCCCGUGUCACAACACCCCGAAGGGGAGUCGCUUGGGCCAGGUUAGCACCGUGCUGGAUAUUCGGGAGCUCAGCCCGCCCGAGGAGUCCACCAGCCCCCAGAUCAUCGAGCAGAGUUCGGACGUGGAAAGCAGGGAGCCCAUCCUGCGCAUCAACAGAGCGGGACAGUGGUACGUCGAGACGGGCAUGGGAGACCGGGGCGGACGGAACGACGACGACGUCCGGGUGCUGGGAGGAGUCCGCAUCAAAACGGAGAACCUGGAGGAGUGGCUGGGGGCAGAGCAUCAGCCCUCUGGAGAAGACGGGAGCAGCGCGGAGGAGGUCACGGCUAUGGUGAUCGACACCACGGGCCACGGGUCGCUGGGCCAAGAGGCUUAUGUGUUGGGGUCCUCCGGGGCCAAAGUGGUCCGGCCAACCAGCAGCGAGAUCGACAGAUUUAGCCCUUCUGGCAGCAUGGUUGCUGUGACUGAGCGGUACAGAUCAAAAAGCGAGUCUCCCGGGCGGAUGGAUGAGCCCAAGCAGCCCAGUUCCCAGGGGGAGGAAUCGGCCAUGCUGGGAGUGAGCGGUUACGUGGAAUAUCUCCGGGAGCAGGAGGUUUCGGAGCGCUGGUUCCGCUACAACCCCCGACUCACGUGCAUUUACUGCGCCAAAUCCUUCAACCAGAAAGGCAGCCUGGACCGGCACAUGCGUCUCCACAUGGGCAUCACGCCUUUCGUCUGCCGCAUGUGCGGGAAGAAGUACACCCGCAAGGAUCAGCUGGAGUAUCACAUCCGCAAGCACACGGGCAACAAGCCCUUUCAUUGCCACGUCUGCGGCAAAAGCUUCCCUUUCCAGGCCAUCCUCAACCAGCACUUUCGCAAGAACCACCCUGGCUGUUUGCCUCUGGAGGGGCCGCACAGCAUCUCCCCCGAGACCACCGUCACGUCUCGGGGGCAGGCGGAGGAAGAAUCUCCUCCGCAGGAGGAGGCUGUGGCCGUGGGGGAGACGGCACAGGGAUCCGUGUCCACAACCGGGCCGGAUUGAAACACGGCUGACGAGUCUCUGGGGAGAAAGGACCGUCUUCCCGCUUUUUUUUUGGCUCUAAAGAGUCAGCACCAACCUGGCAGGCUGGUACUGUAAUUAGUGCAAUGCCACCACUGGACAGAAAGAAGCUCUCAAGAUGUUGCCAAAAUUGCAAAAUCUUUCUCUCACACAUCCACACACCCACACGUAGAGUGUUCAAAGUUUUUCUCCCUUAUUCCUCCUCCUCUCGGAGAAAAACAAAACAACUGUGUCAAUCAACUUCUUAUUCAGGGAUCGACAGGAUUUUACAUUUUUUUAAUGUUCCGUAGCGAUCUGGGACGAACAGUCAUUUCUGUUUCUCGGCGGUGUUUUGGCCCAGCAGCCAGGUCAGCCGUGCAGAGCCGGUGAGUCCGGCCUAUCUGCUGGGCCAGCCCAAGGGGAGAGCAGGGACACGGGGCCGUUGCCUUCCUCCGUUCCCCAGGUAGUUAAACGAAAGCAAAACGACUGUCCUGGUGGAACCGGCCUUGCCCGACUGUAUUUAUCCCUGUCUUAUUUUUGGUGUGUCUCUUACCUUUUUAAUCUUACUCUUUCAGGGCUUUUGGCUUGCCCAUUCCAGGCGCGCGGCCUUAAUGCCCCACGUUAAAAGUGGGCACGGCUACAAAGCCAUGUUCUAGAGGUCGGCAAAAUUUGAAGCAGUUCGGCUACCGAAAGUGAAAUUUAGGAGCGGCGAGGCUUGUGUGGGACUCUUGUCGCAUUGGGAGAAGGGUCGGAGGGGUCUUUUGGAGGAGGUUGUCCUUUGCUGUCUCUGAUCUGGAGAGUUCAGAGCACUCAGGCGUCCUGAGCGGUUCUUGCUUUGGGUGUUGCCGAGCGUUAGGAAAAGGUUUUCUGGCCUGGCUGAAUUGCAGAGUUAGAGGCCUGGCUACCAAAGUCCUUCACCCCUGCUCCCCCCUCGACACGCACUUGAUCUUUUCUAACAGCAAUACGGUGUACGGAAAUGCUGUCGUCCCAGCCCAGCAAUCGUGGGUGGUUGCUUUUAAACGUGUUUCUACAAACUAGUUUGAUAACUUUUUUUAUCGAUGAAAUGCAAAAAGAAAAGAAAACCCUACUUUAUUUCCUCGUAACGGUUCAGGAAACUUAAAAGCAAACGGUUCCUAGAGCAAUCACAACCCUGUCCCCUUGCAUGGACUUAAACUUUUGUAUUCUAAGCAGCUCUGAUGUUUAGAGCAAGUUAAGCAAACCCGGAGAGACAUGCCUGCGUUGUGUAUUGUAGGUCGUGCUUACGUGUUUCAUAAACGGAAAAGCAUGGGACAGGUAGAUAAGUGCAAAUAUAUCGACAUCUUUUGAAGAAGUCUUUUAAAAAAAUAUGCAAUACUUUAGGAGUUUUCUCUGGUUCUGAUGCCGAGUUGUUGACGGUGGAGGGGGAGAAUGAACGACAGGUUGCACGGAUUGGGUUCGGACGUUUGGUUGAAGGAGUUCUCUUGAGGAUGCGUGACAUCUACGAUAAGGAAGGAUGAAGGAUCCUUGAGGUGAUGGGAGGAACAAUGAGACACUGAAAAAGGAAUUCACUUGGUCUUGCUUUGCAAAGCAAGCCUGGCGAGCGCUCGGAGCCUGCGCUUGGCGGGCAGGAGACUUACCGAGGGAAAGUAAAGCCCCGCAGUCUGACUGCACGAUUUUGGGCACGUGGAAACCUCUCCAGCCCUCGCUUCCCCCACCCGCAAACCGGGACUCGGGAUCGUUUUCCUGCCCCUUCAGAGGGAAGGAUUUGAAGGAGGGUGUUGUAUUCUUGCCUGGCUUUAUGUAUUUUUCCUCUUUUGUAAGCGAGGGGUCUCACUGUUCCUCCCAGUUCUCUCUCAACAAGCAGACGUGGCUGUAAUGUUCUGUUUGUGUGUGGGGAAGGGCUUGGUGCCAGGAUCGCGUCUAACGGGGACGUGCUCCUCAGAGAAGAACCUUUGCAGGUUACAAAGUACAAUUUCAUUGACCAUUUCAAACAGGAAAACUGAUCGUUCACCUCCGUUUUCCUUCUGUCCCUUCUUCCUCCUCUCGUGUCAAGUGAACGGUUUUCUAGUGGCUGCUCGAGGGACCAGCCCCGCUGGGUUUCCCGUCAAAGGUCAAAAGAAUUGUACUGAAACGGUAACGUUGCCAGAGAGCAGUCGCAGAAGCUGAGAGAUGAGAGGGUGAGGAGGAGCGGAGGUGUGUAGGGUAUGCUGCUUUAGUUAUAGCUUUUGAAGUUACCAAAAAUCCAGAAGAAAAAGAAGUUAAAAACUUUGAAAUCCUAUCCUGUUCACACUAGAGAGCAUCAAAAGUUACUUUUAGUUGCUUAAAAGAUUUUUAAGUGUUUUAAAAUAGAACUUUUAAAAGAAUACUACCAAACUAUAAAAACAUAAAGUUAUUUAUAUACAUAUAUUAUAUAUAAAUAUAGUGGGAAAGUUUCCCUGCUAAGCUUGCUGUGAAGAGAAGGGUGAAGGUGCAGUAACUGCUAUCCAAGCAACGCUUUUCUGAAAGAACAGACGGCAACCGCUCCAUGGAAGCGCAGUGAGGAAGGGCCGACAGAAACUGGUGGAUGCCGUGAUUUGUGCGGCACAGCCGUGAGUUUCCCGAGCAGGUGUUUGUUUUACUGUAUCGAUACUGUGAAGGGAGGAGCGUCCCAGCCGCCCGGGAUGCCGCUGGCGCGUCCCGUCUUGCCGAUUCACCGGGUUGAAAACCGUGGAAUUGGUCCUUCAUAUCGUGCUAGGCUGGUCUGAAAACAAAGCUUGUGAAAGGUUUUUAUUUUCUUUUGGUUUUCCUCUUUUAUGUUUCUUUUUGUUGUUAUUUUUGGUGCAGAGGUUGCCACUGUAUAAACAAUCAUUUCUGAUUGCAUGCAAAAGAGCCAAUAUUCUUGCCCGGGCCUCGCUGAGGUGAAGUUUAUAGCUUGUAGCUAGAGUCAGUAUAGGGUAUGGUAGCGGGAAUCAUUUUAAUAUUAUUUCUGUACAUUUAAUGGAUGUGUAUGUGUAUGUACGUGUGGGAAUCAUGAUGUCUCUAAUGUUUUCUUGAGCAGCGCUGAAAGCAGUUUAGGCCCAUCCGCACUAGAAGAUGGAACCAGUUCAGAAGGAAUCAUUUCGUUAUUAAACUUUUCUUUCAGUGGUUGACUUCCUCAGUGCAGAUGAGGCCGAGGUUCGAGAAAAAAGGGCUUGGAGGUCGUAUACGGUAUGGAAAAAACCUCAUGUGAAUUUUCCAGCAGUGGUGUAGCUACUUGGAGCUGCUUUUAGUAGCAGAACGCGACCAUCUCUCGUUGCCUCUCCAUCAGUAAGCUGUGUAGUCCUUCACGGCUGCGCCGAAGCCGCGGAGAAUCAGCUGCCGGCUUUCUAAGCACAAACGCUUCCACGGUGGGUUGAGGCACGGCUUUGCAUUUCCACGCCUAGCUGCAGCUUUUUCCCCUCUGCCAAAACUGUGAUUUCAACUGUGAUUUAAGGAGGAUGUGAAGAGAACUCUGUCGUAUUUUAAUACCUCUGUAUGUAACGUUUCUGUCCGCUUCAGAGUUAGAGCUUACUAACGCGUUUGUUCGCUCACCUCAGGCAACAGAGGGAACGCACUCUGAUUUCUGCAGUUUCCCUUCUCGGAAGGUGAACACAUUUCUUAGUUCUUUGCUGCGGCCGAGAAACCUUUCAAAUGUGAAGCGUUGCGGUGAUCUUGAGCCUGCAGAAAGCCCCGGUGCCAAGUCACCGCAGAGCAACGUGACGGUCGCCGUGGCCGUUCCCUGCUGCUGCCAGGUUCCCUGUGAACAGCUGUGAAAAUAACCAGAAUUGUGUUAAUACUGUGCUGCUGCUUUGGGGAAAAGCUAAUCUUCCGCUCGGGAGGAUAACCGAUGUGAAGCUGGGGAGAGGGAAAAAGCACAAGGUCUUUUUUGCUCUCCGGCGGUGGGAGUGUGUGAAAGCAAAACCGUGCCUCUGAUUUCCAGCAGCUAGACAGAGAGGGAUGAGUGAGGAGGCUUUAUGAAAUGUGAAUUUGUAACAGGAGGCUGAGAACACACUUAGGGCCGCUUUGUAAGAUCCAGGGAUAUCAACCUGGUAGGAUCCGAGCAGCUGAUGCGGCCGGGCUGUGCCUCACGUGUCCUCCCGGUGUUGUCCGGCCAUCGGGUUCAGUCCUUGGACUUACCUACAUCUUCUCUACAAUAUUUCCAAGCUGUGAUCUGUAAAAUUGAACUUUCGGAGACUUGGGUGCUUGAAGGGCAGGAGGAAUAGAAAGUGUUGUGUCUCUGCUGCUGUUUGAAAUCCAUCUGUCCCAUCUGACAGCUCUUUGGAGCUGGAACUGUGUUUGAAACGAUCUGCGGUCUUGCUGGAAAGCGUGAUAGGGAGGGUACAGAGCCAGGAGUUCAGCCCUCGGGGAGAUCAAGGUUGAAAUCAAUGGACGGGACAGAUCUCUCUGCUCGUCCUGCUCUGUUCUGUGACAGCUGGGUGAAUUUGUUUUCCAGGGCAGGCUGUGCCGUGUCUCUGUGACGUGGUAAUGUCACCUAAAAGUGCGGUACCCGGUUCAGUAGAUGCUUCUACGCAGUCCGGUCUUGGGGCAGAGUCCUUCUGCCGCCUUCAGCCCUAACAAAGCAUUUGCAAGAGCAGAGUUGUAGCUUUUAUAACAUUUGCUGCUGACUUCAUCUCUCCCGCAGAACCCAAUGUACAAACCGAAAGACAGCUGGAAAGGUGGAGUUUGGGUGGAUGGGAGUUUGUGAAGUAGACCGAGUCAUGCACCUUUAAAACCAACAAAAACUAGCACCCCUUAAACUUAGUCUUUAAACUUUAUAACAUUUUCCUCUCCGUGACGUGCCUCCCAAUUUAGCCAUACCAGCAUCCGCAUAUUUCUGCAGAUUAGCGACACCAGAUACCGUUGUUGCUCUACUGGAAAUAUUUUGGGGAUGGGAGAAGUCAAGGAGCUGUAAUUCAGGAGACUUCUAAUUUUUGCCAAGGUAUGGGCUCUCGGUUUCCCCCGGGACCACAGGCAGCAAGUCUGGGCUCUAUCGAUGGCGCUGCCGCCGGCGUAACCUCGUCUGGUGAUAACGAUGCUCUCAGAGAUGAGCAUUGCUCCUGUCCCGAGGGGAGAUCCAUCCUCAGAGCUUUGACGCCUUCAGUGGAAGGUCCUAAAGAAGAGCUCAGUUUUAAUCAUCGUCAUUCAAAGGAUAUUUUAAUAUCAAAUACAUACAUAUAUAUGUAUGUACAUUUAUAGAUAUAUAUAUAUAUUUGUAACCAAAUAGAAGCUAGAACUAUGCAAACGCUACUGGCUGUUGCUUGAAACUAAUGUCUACCAGAACACUUUGGAAUAGGGUAGAUUUGUUCAGGUUUAUUUUCUUUUUAAAUAAAACGCAGCAGGCCAAAGUUUUGCUGUGAUUAGUCUUACUAGAAACUUAGGUUAUUCCUAAUUUGGAACCUGCUCAAGUGGGUUUUAAAAUUAUCUGAAGAAUCCUGCCAUCUCUAAAAUAUUUCCACCUGCUUUGGUAUUAUUGCUACCAGGCUUUAUUUUGUGAAACAUAGGAAAACACAGAGGCUGGGAUGAGGAGAGAUGGAAUGUGAUGUUUGGGGCGAUAGUUUGAAGAGAAGUAGAAUCAAGGAGGAACUGGGAGCAUUUUGGUUUGGACGUAGGGUUGAUUUGGCUUUGAGGAAUCUUCCUACUUGUGCAAACGUUGAGGUGGAGGCGGCGAUCGGAGCAUCACCGGGUUGGAUUCUGGUAUUGGGAAUCUGCCCGCUGAAUCCGGUGGUACCGGAGUUUAGUCUGCUAGGAGAAGUUUCUUGUGGUUUCUACCAUUUCUUUGUGUCAGAGCCGAUCUUUGCUUUUAGGAUUAACUGUAACCUUCAGUGACUUUUUAUUCCUGAGGACUGUAGAAAAUUCAGGUUUCCGAUAACAUUAUCCUCAUCCCAACUGUGAACAAGUUACUACUGCUUCUUAUAAUUUAUUGUCUUUCUGUUCCUGAACGUCUGUGUGAUCCAGCUGUUCACCAGCGCCACUUUCCAGCACUUCAUUAGCUUUUAUGCACAGGGAAUUGUUGCAAUGGAUACGUUGACCACGCUAGUUGGAAGAGUAGAAGCCUUUGGAGAAUGACUUUUACUUCCUCUAGCUGUCAUUAGGGAGUGCACACACACAUACCUGUAUAUACAUAUAUAUGUAGACAUAUAUAAAGUGUUUCGAUAUAAACUCAUUUAGCAUUAUUCUUACUUAAUUUAUAUUUUAAUCCAGUUGUAAACCAAAGUAUUACUGCUUGUCAAAUGAUGCGUCUCGGAAAUAGGAGGAACCUUUUCAGAUGGGAGCCCUGAUUGAUCUUUGCUGGCAAAAAUGUGGAUACGAAUAAGACUUAGGAACAUGUGCUGAUGAAUCCUAGAGAUUUGCAACCUUGGGAGGAUUUCAGACUGACUUGCUGGGUAAAGUUUGAUGCUGGGGAGGUCAGCGUGAGUUAUCAUUUAAAAGUGUGGCUUGGCGACCUCUCUGCAGCUGGACUUCUGCAUCAGAAUCACUUUGGAGUCUCUGCUGCCCUUCUGGUUACAAAACCUGGGGCUUCUGCCCUGUCUCUUGCAUUGGGGUGCUGUAAGGAUGCUCAAGGACUUGCCUGUAGAAUGGCUUAAAGAAAUCCCCUGCAAGGGAAAAUGAGGCAGGAAUUUAGGUGCGGGUUUGCUGUAGAAGCUGUAAGAUGGAUCUAAAGUGAUUCUGCGUGGUCCUCUGCCCGACCCUUGCCUUGUACAUGCAGGGUCUGGGUGCAUUCUUGGAAAAACACGUAUAAAGGAGGAGACAGGGUGUCUCGGCGCCGCUUCUGCCCCCAUUCCCUUUGAUUUGCUGUUCCGUGCUGCGGUAUCUGAUAAGGGUCGGAGCCGAAGGUGUUGGUGGAGCUGAAGGCUUGGGAACUGCAAGGUUUUUCACAAUACUUAAUGUUUUUGUAGGAAGACAAGUAUGUUCUGGCAAGCCUAGAGAUGGAGAAGACAGCAGAUCAGACUGUAGCCCGGCACAACUGGGAGCUAGAGAGAACAGGCCACAGAAACGAACACUAACGUAUUUAGUGUCUAAUUUACAGUUUUAGAAAAUAGGUUUUUGCUAUUUACUGAUGUCUAGAGGUGCUUUUUUUUCAGUAACCUCCGUGGAGGUGCACGUUCUGCUGUCACCAAUGGAAAUGAAUAGGUUCAAAGAUAAAAUCUUCCUGAUUUUCUUGUGCUGGGCAGUAACUGCCUUUCCAAGGAAUUAGCAAACGCUGUGAACAAAUUCACCUCUAACAAUCUCCCGCAGGCUUGGCAGCGGCUGCGCUUCCUCCUGCUCUUCUGCUCAGCCUGCAGGGUCUCUUUUUAGAGAAGACUUCCCUGCAUCCUUUCUUUUGAGCAAGGUGAUGGUCCGUCUACCUUUGUCGAUCGAGUAGGUUCAUCUAAUGCUCCCCAGCAGGAUCCGCGCGUAGUUGCAGCUCAUGGUACAUCAAACCAGCCACGUGCAGUACAAUUUUUAGCAACUAGAUCUGGUAAAUAUAAAAAGACUGCAAGCUAAUCUAGUCCUAAUCGCCGUCGCCAGGUACCACGGGUUGAAUAUAAGACCUUUUCUGCACCAUGUACCGUACCAGUGUGUAGCAACAUCAUCCGUCACAUCAAAUUCCCUUUGGUUGGGGCAUCGUGUAAGCAACCUCAGUGCAUAUACAUAUAUAUCAUUUUUUUUUAACAAGGAGAUAGCCCUUUCCACUUAAAAUUUCCCAAGUUGAUUAUAAAGUAGCACUGGUGUCAGCACACAGAAUCCUGUGUUUCCUCGGUGUUCAGUGGGUUGGUGGAACGUAAGGCUUUGGGUGAGCGGGUUGUGAAUGCGUGCUGCUGGCUGGCCCCCUCAUCGUUCUGAUGGCUUUGGACAUGGACCAAAAACUACUAUUUAUUUUAAAGCUUUAAUUCUUUUCAUGGAAACGUUGAAAAGUCUUAGCUCCCUCCCUAAUGAUUUUUAUGUUCUGGUAAAUUCUCAUCCGGCAUCAGUUUGUGAUCUAUGAACAAUUUCUAUAAUACCCACCAGAAGGACUUUGUAGGACUUUGCAGAAGGUUCAAAACCUGUGUCUGUAGGAGGUGACGGUUGUAAGGUGUUUUUUCUGCUGCCAUAGAGGCUGGGAGGCACGAGGAGGGGUGUUUGUGGAGAGCCGGUCCCUGUCGCAGUGUGGAUUGAGUUGCUGGUGGGAUUUUCUUGGGAUGUUUUCCUUGUGGCUUCCCAUUGCAUGAGCACUUCAGCUCCCCAAUUCAGUAACAAACACCAGACUCCGCUGCCUUCGGCAUCAGGAACACAGUCAGGACUGACGGACAGCACAGGGAGCCUGCGGGGGGAUCUUAGGAAGGGAAUCGUGAACCAAAAAGUUGGGUUUGUCAAAGGCUUUUGCAAAUGCGGAGUUAAACCUGCUUUUGGCAGGGCGGUGGAGUAGGUCUGGGGGUUUGGGCUCUUAACUUCUAUUCAGAUCCUUGUUUUUGCAGGGUGAGAUGGGCCGUUUCAGAAAUUUGGGCAAGGAAAAGCGGUAGCGUUUGAACACUGUGUUCUCAUUCCAGGUUUCCACUAAGACCCACAGCAGGUAUGUCAAUGCCAUCGAUGGGGCGGAUGGGGAGCCGGGGGGUGCUGGGUGCCCCGGGCUAGAGAUCCCCCACGUAAAUGGGCACCUUUGAAAACCAAAAGGAUGGUGAACUAUUCCCAAAAAGUGGUCUGAGCUGUGCCCGUUGAGCUUGCAGGGCAGGAGUUUUCUGAUCAGCUGGCUGAGAUAACUGUUGAGCCUGGAGAAACGGCAGCUUAAGGGAGAGCUCAGCACCAUGUGCCAGUAUUUUAACAGGUGGCUGCAAAGCAGAUGGAGACCCCUUGUUACAAGGGGGCCCAUGGAAGAUAUGAGGGGUGAUGGGUACAAGUUACCCCGGGGAGAUUCUGGUUGGACAUAAGUGGGAAGUUUUUCCCCUAUGAGAACAAUUGGCCAUUGGAAUCAUCUCCCACAAGAGUGGUGGAUUCCCCAACACUGGACACUUAAAAUUCAGUUGGAUAGGGUGCUGAGCCAGCUUGUCUAGACUACACUUUCGCCAAGAAAGGUUGGACCAGAUGAUCCUUGUGGUCCCUUCCAACCUGGGAUUAGUGUUGGGAGAGGAGUGGGCAUGGAGGGAAGGAGAAUACUGUUAAUCCGAACCUGGUGAUGGGGACCUGCUUACAUCAUGGAGAGCUUGAUUCACAUCACACCUCUGACAAAGCCGGUUUUAUUGUAUUUCCUCAGAAGUUUUUAGGAGUGGUGGCAAAUCUCCCUCCAGCCACAGACGUGUUGCCCUUUCCCUGUGCGCUGAUCAGCGCCGCAAAGGCUUCAGCCCACAAAACGACAGAAAACAGCAGCACUUCCACCACGCAGAUGUUUGCCUGUGUUAGCUGGGGUUUCUUCAGAUAGCCAGGGACACGCCGUCUGAGUCGUUCUAACGGGGAGAUCUGCAAAGUGCAAGCAAAAAUAGCAAGGAAAGGAGGCUGGCUUAGCAGGGAGGAGGGAGACACCCGAAAUAAGCAGGGGGCUCAUCUGUUUUCAGCACUGGCUGGGGCUAUUGGCAAUGAAAACCAAGAGGCGUUGGGCAGAAUGAAAAAGCUGUCCUACGGCGUUAGAGCGUCACCCGCGUUCUCUGGCCUGGAGCCACGAAUGGGGGGUGAAGGAAAACCAGUCAGUCGCUGGCAGAGGCAGGUUUGCUGUGAAGUGCCGUAUUCUGGAUGUUACAUUUUCUAGCGUGCGUUCAAGCUGUUGUAAACAAGUUUGCUUCCGUUUCAGCGCUCUCUGCUUUUACCCGUGUCAUUUCUUCUGUUUAAACUCAGCAGCCAAGGGGACACUGCAGAGAAGACGGAGCCAAGCUCUUCUCAGAGGCAGGCGGUGGAAAGAGGAGCAGCGGUAGGCAGGAGGUUAUACCAGCGAGAUUCAGGUUAGGUAUUACAUUUUUUCACUGUGAGUACAGCCAAACAGUAUUGGAACGGGUUGUCCGGAGAGGCUGGGAAGUCUCCAUCCUGGGAGAUACUUGAGACUUGACCAGGCAAGAGUUAGUCCUACUUUGAGGGGGGAGGCAGGGCUGGGGCCCCAGGGUCCUCCUCCCACCCUCCCUGUGUCUGGGCUUCUCCAUCACUCCCCUGGAGUAUAAAUAUCACCCACCGCCUGCUGCAAAACGCAAGACAAAGGAUAGUGGUUUAUCCUACCAGUGUAUUCCAGUUACAAUUUUUUUCAUUUGUUAAUGAUUAAUCCGUGAAAUAGCAUCUUGGGUGCCACAGUCUGUGGAAUCCAGCAGCUCCCUAUGCGUGACUGCAGCCUCCGGGUUCCUGUUUCCAUCGGACUACGCCAAGCUGUAUUGUUGUUAAUUUUUUUAGUGUUAUAACGUAAAAAUGGGCAGCUUUAAUGGGCUUCCUAGUUCAUAUCAGUUAAGCUUUUGAAACGUAUUCAGGUAUCUUUUAAAUACUGCUGUGUAAGUUCCUUGUUUAAUCUGAUAUAUUCUGUUAUUUUACUGCAGGUAUCUAAGGCAGUACUUUAAAACAAAGAAAAUCAGUGCAUUAAUUAUUUGCAGACUGUCAGCAAUGUUAAGCCUCUAUCUUUACUUAGUUUUUGCCAAUGUACUUAACCCCCCUUCCUCCUCAGAUCCAUGGUUACGCGUCUUCGUUAUUUUUAUAUUGUAGUGAAGCUUAUUUAUUUAAACCUUCCGGUUACCUUUGCAGUCAGACCCAGUACCAUUGGCUAUGAAACUGUGAAACUAAUUAGAAACAAAAAAUGAAGCUAGAUUGGUUAGUUUUACUACUGGUUGUAAAAUAGCAGCAUAAAACAAGACAAAUACCAUUGAAAUUGCUCAGUCUGGGGCAGGGGGAGGAAUCGCAACACUACAGCUGAGAAGCUUCUUGGAAAUGAGUUUUAACCUGAUGCUGUUAGUUCCCUGGUCAAGUUUAAAAAGUUGUGUUUAGCCUGAGGGCUGUGUUGGGGUCUGUUCGUUCACCCACGUGCCUGGGGCAUUGGUUUGAGAUGGGAGUUUGUGCUCCCGUUGUGCUGUUUUCUUAGCACUCACAUGCCUAAGGAAACUCUGUGGAUUACUGUGAAGCUUUUACUUAAUACUUUAUUGCGCGUCAGAAGGUUCUGAGAGCUGGAGCUGUGCUGUUUGGGAAGCAAUUUUCUGGCUUGCAGGUGAAUUUAGGAUGGAGAGCAGAAUUUUGUCAUACCUUUUGCUUAAGACUAAUUCCUUUCGGCUCCCCUGGAGUUCUUGCCUGGACAGAAAGCUGAUGGGCAACAGCUUCCAGAGUGACGUUGUCACAGGGCAAGCGCCUCCGAGAAAUCAUCUGAAGCGAAAGGGGAGCGUUGUCACGCAAAUAACGCACGUUUCUUUUGUGUUCGUGUACGUAAAAUUGCUGACAGUUAGGACAGGCCGAGGGGUGCGAGAGUAAUCCCGCUUGGUGGCAAAACAGGGACUUAUCUGAGUUAGGAGAAGCAUAAUACGCAGCUGUAUGUUUUGUGGGAACGUAUUCCUCACCUUGUGCCCCAUGCUCACAGGGAGGGUCAGCGAAGAACAGGAGGAGACCGUAUCAGAGGUUAGUUUGCAGGAAUGAAAGCAAGUUAUUCAAAGUCCUGCUUUUGUCUAAAAAGGGAUGCGGUUUUCCCCUGAGCUUCUGGUGUCUCAAACAGGAGCUGAAGCUCCCAGUUGUCUGCCGAGCCGCCCUCUGCCCCCCGUUCCCCCCGUGUCACCCCAUUUCCCUGUACAACACUGUGAACGUGACACUGGGAGCUCUUUGUAACGGUUCCACUCAAACCGCCCAGAGCAUGAAAUGCUGUCCCACGCGGUCACACCGCGAUGCUGUAGCGGAUGAGCUGUGACAAUAACCCCCAAAGAGGGGCCCUGGCGAUCAAGCGCUUCCUCGCCGAGCAGGGAAGAGCAGAGCAUCAGAACAGGAGGUAACAACGUAAGCGGCUUCGUAUAGCGAUUUACUAAUCAGAUUUCAUUUCGUAAUGAACUAAACUGACAAUCAGUUCCUAAAAAUAUAGAAGCCUCUUAGAGGGAAUAGUCAAGUAUGUCUUCAACAGAAAGAUUUAAGUGGGAUAACUUUUAAUAAGGAGCACAGGAUUUAUUUUCCUUUCCUUUUUGUUUUUUGAGCAAUCGCUCUAGAAAUUACGUUGCGUUAAGCAGCAGAAGAUUCACAGGACAGUAACUACCUCUCUCUCUUGGAGUGCUGAGGUUACCACGCUACACACUCUAUCAGCAAAGCUUUCACUUAAAUAAAACAAAAUAGGUUUGUUUUUCCUUACCUCUGUGUUUCAGAAAUGCAGGUCUGCUCUGUAAAGUGACUCUAUGAAAAUGGCAUCUGGCAGGAGCAGGGGGGGGACCUUUCGUGGUCCUUCGUCCCCUGUUUCUCGCUGUGACCCUCACGGGUUCGCUCCGGGGCUGCGACAGCUCGUUUGCGUUAUUUCACGUAUUUCUGCGUUAUAACAAGCUGUCCUGCGGGCUCAGCUUCCUGCACUGGGAAGUUAAUUAACGGUGUGGAAGGUAAGAGGAGAAUCCAUCUCCCUCCAAGGGAGCAGGCAGCAAGGAAAGAAAAGCAAUAAAUAAACAAAACACUUUUAUAUGUUGGUCAUUAGUCAGCAGAUCUAACUCUGCGAAUUUAUAUAGCUAUAUAUACGUAAGAAUACAUACAAGAGAGCAGAUCUCUCCUGUGAAAAGGUGCCAUUUUUUUUUUUCUAAACAAGAGUCCCUUUCCAAACUAGAACAGCACUUUAAAUAGGUUCCUCUUAGAAAAAUAAAAAGAAGAAAAUAAAAAGAAGAAAAAAAGAAGAAAAAAAAAAGAAGAAAAAAAAAUCCUUUACUGAAGAAAUGCACUUUAAACCGUAGGAGGAGCGUGGCUGCCGCUGGCACGCGGCGCAGCUGCGCGGGGCGCGGGAGGGAGCGACGUGUCCGCACAGCCCAGCAGCUCUGCGGCAGCUCUACCUCCGCUCCAGCGCCAGCGGGCCCGGCGCACGCCGGCCUGCCCCCGCGCUUUCAUAAUCGGUCAAGAAAUCACCCCCCCUUGCCUGUAGAGAACAUCUACAUCCCAUUUAUGCCAGGUCAGAAUUUACACCCAGCGACAACGCAGCAGACGGCCCGUCCACAGGCACAGGGCUGAGCUGAGCAAGCAGAGCCACCACAAAGUUGUUACUGGGAGUGUUGUUCUGGUUUGGUUUCUUUUUCCCAUAAUGUGGAUAUGGAACCCUAGUCAGCUCAGUAUUUUUUAUUUUCAAUCCAAGUUUGUCUGUCCCACAUUGAUUCUGCUCUGAGCUGGUUUGCAGAGUAACCAUUCGUAAGAAAAAUUGUGCUGUCGCCUUCAACUGUUCAUAUAUAAAUCAGGCUUUUUAGGACAGGUGUCCUAACACUCAAGACUUCCUUUCACAGUUAAGAAGUUUCCUGCUGUACUAAUUAUUCUCCUUUUGUUUUUUAAUUAAUGUUUUUUUUGGUUGCAAUCCUUCUUUUCAAAGAGAAGUAAAAAGUCAGUGUUCACACUAGCGUGCAGUAGGUUGAACCGUGAGCCUGCUGCGUGUAUCUUGUGGCGAUCAGACUGUUCUGAAGUGAUGGUACAAGCUGUUCCCAAGCUGGUCCUUCACCAUCACCUUCCUCUUCCUCCUCCAGUGCAGCUGGAGGGGGUGGGCAAGGGUGGGGGAGAACCAGAGCUGGGGAAGGGGGAAAGAACACAACGGUAGAGGGGACUGUACAAUUGCAAUGAAAGCAGUUUAGCAAAACAAAGUUUUUUAAAAAAAGCUCUUGUUGGACAGCUUUAAGAACAAUGUGAAUGAAAACUUAGCAACUUGGGUAGGAAUCUUGGAAAAUUCUAUAAAUGUAUACUUGAAAUUCUGUUUGUAUUAAAAAGAAAACAAAUUGAAUUUUCUUCUUUCUUUUAACACUGUGUAAAAGAACAUUAUGCAUGUGAGUGGUUUGAGAAUUAAAUGGUUUAAUACUCA